CGGUGGAACGGGGAAUAUGGCGUCGGUCUCGGCCGAGACUCCAGCCAGCCAUGGGCACAGCUUCAGUAAGAAAACGUUUCACAAGCCGACGUACUGCCAUAGCUGCACGGACAUGCUCUGGGGCCUCAUACAGCAGGGGUACAUCUGCGAAGUGUGUAACUUCGUGGUGCACGACCGCUGUCUCAAGGCCGUCGUCUCUCCCUGCUCCAGCAUCGCGGCAAACCUGAUUAAGAAUCCGGUUGCACAUUGUUGGUCCGGACAAGUACAUCGUAAAAGAAAAUUCUGCAACGUCUGUCGGAAACGAUUGGAUGACAAUCUGUCCAUACACUGCGAAAUAUGCGAGUACUUCGUGCACAUAGAAUGCCAAGACUUCGCGGUGGCAGAUUGCAAGGAAAAUGCCACAUACCUACCUGGUAAGGAUCUGUCAGCAGUGAAGCACACUCAUCAUUGGCGAGAAGGCAAUCUUCCGAGCAGCUCGAAAUGCGCUGUAUGCAAGAAGAGUUGUUUUACUGCUGAGUGCCUUGGCGGGUUUCGUUGCGAGUGGUGCGGCAUGACGUUGCACGCGUAUUGUUACAAGAAUAUUCCUCAAGAAUGCACUUUUGGUAACUUGGAACCAAUUUACCUGCCGCCACAUGCAGUUAGUAUUCCGCGUACCGAAGUUCCCAUGGAAGCCAUUAUCGGAGUAGAAGUGCGUCGUAGAGAAGUGCUGGCGCGUGAGUAUUCUUGCCAUAACAUCGGAGAGCGAUUCGAUUUCGCUGAGAGUGAACAAAAUGGGGCUGCAGGCCGCCUAGCCGAAGCUUUGAGGCGCCUUUCGCUAGUUUUGCCACGUAGCUGCCAUGGAAAUUGUCAUGCUUCCCCUCCUUAUGUUCGAGCGCGAAGCAUAUCAGAGGAAUUUGGUAGCGAUUCAAGGUAUCGUGACAAUGGAGAACCGGCACAGGGUGCAGCGCAUGGCCGUGAUCCGCGUUCUCCUAAAGAGAAAGAAGAUAAAGAUAGAGGUGACGAAGAAAUGAUUAAAGUGUACGAUGGCAACAGUUCUUUAAGGCGAAGGAUAUUUCGGGUAAUUUCGGUACCCAGGCAGGCUACGACGGAGCAGGUUCUCACAUUGGCACUGCGCGCAUUUCACAUCACAAAAGAUCCUAAUAACUUUUACUUAACUGACCUGUAUGCCGCGGAAGAAACUGAAUUAUGUGACCCAACGCCUGUUUUAAAUUUAACUCGCAAAGAAGGCAAACGUCCGGCUGUUUUCUUGCGAUUUAAAGAUAAUGACAGCGGAGAGGUACGGGUUUAUCCCGGCAAAUUGCAGGUAUCAGAGUCAUUCUGUACAGUACCUGUCACCGAAGCAACAACCGUUGCAGACUUAAUAAAUGAGGCAUUGGAAAAGUUUGGUUUACAAAAUUUUACUUGUGAUGACUUUAGAUGCAGUGAAAUUCUUUUAGACCGUGGUGUAACGGAAAGAGUUUUGUCUUGGGAUGAAAGACCUUGGGAUAUUGUUAAAAAGUUGGGAAAAGAUUCUAUUAGACAAAUGGAAUUGAUGCGAUUCUAUUUACAACUGAAGCAAGAUCCCCAUGGACCUAACUUGGCUUUAUUCGUGGGUAACUUACCGCAAAAUCUUUCUGAAAGAAGUUAUGAAAAUAUGUUAACAGAAUUUUUAGGAAAAGAAAAUAGAUUUUCAUCAAUUGGCCCAAUUUAUUAUGAAUACGGUUCGGUAGUUAUUAUAUUCGAAGAUUUGGAUACGGCAGUUAGAGCGUUAUAUACGUUACGAGAAACAAAAUAUGAAGAUAAACAUCUUUUAGUAAUGAUUUUACCGAGUAUCGAGCCAAGUAUGAUACCGACGGGCGUUCAACCAUUGCUCGUGUUUGUAAAUGUAAAAUCUGGCGGCUGUCAAGGACUUCAGCUAAUUUCUAGUUUUCGUAAACUAUUAAAUCCUUAUCAAGUGUUCGAUCUUGAAAAUGGCGGACCUCUCCCCGGACUUUACGUUUUUCGUCAUAUAAAAGACUACAAGAUAUUAGUUUGUGGUGGAGAUGGAACGAUAGGCUGGGUAUUACAAUGUUUAGAUAAUGUGGGUCAGGAUAGUCAAUGUUCUUCUCCCGCCUGCGCUAUUGUACCUCUGGGAACAGGAAACGAUCUUGCUCGUGUAUUAUGUUGGGGUUCAGGAUAUACAGGUGACGAGGAUCCAUUAAACCUAUUGCGAGACGUUAUCGAUGCAGAAGAAAUAAUAUUGGAUAGAUGGACUGUAGUUUUUCAUCCAGAAGAGAAGGAACAAACUCAAGUAGUUUGUAACGCUGCGGCUUCUCAGCAGGUAGCAUCGCGCCAUUUGCAUAUUACAGGUGCUGGUACAACUAGCGAAGACAAUACACAAAUAUAUGUAAUGAACAAUUAUUUUGGCAUUGGUAUCGAUGCGGAUUUAUGUCUGGACUUUCAUAAUGCGAGAGAGGAAAAUCCAAAUAAGUUCAAAAGCAGAUUACGAAAUAAGAGCGUGUACGUAACGAUGGGCUUACGUAAAAUGGUCAAACGUAAACCGUGCAAAGAUUUACAUAAAGAAAUUCGAUUAGAAGUAGAUGGUAAAUUGGUCGAGUUACCACAAGUUGAAGGAAUAAUUAUUCUGAACAUUUUAAGUUGGGGUUCUGGUGCUAAUCCUUGGGGACCAGAUACCAAAGAAGAUCAAUUUUAUACACCGAAUCAUUGGGACGGCAUGUUGGAAGUUGUUGGAGUCACGGGCGUUAUGCAUCUUGGACAAAUACAGUCGGGUUUACGUACGGCUAUGAGAAUAGCGCAGGGCGGACAUAUAAAAAUUCACUUAAACUCAGACAUACCUGUACAAGUAGACGGUGAACCAUGGGUUCAGAGUCCCGGAGACAUCGUAGUCUUGAAAUCAGCGCUCAAGGCUACCAUGUUGAAGAAAAGUAAGAUCAAGCGUCGCAAUACCGAACCGUCGAUUCUACCUGCUAAUGGGGAGGGGGGCAAGAGCACGGACGAGUAAUCCAACUAUACCACAACUUACAACCGUUUGUUUUAAUCGUAUCUCGUAAGAUGCGCGACAUCACCACCUAGACUCCUCGACGCGCACGAGCGGAAUGCACGCGCGAGAAAGGAGUCUCGGUGUGACAAACAUGCCAUCUGAAACAAUUCCACUUAUACAAAGAAAAAAGACAGAAACAGGAUAGAAUGAAAAAGAAACCUUGAUCCCUCCUCGUUGAUGCAUGUAAAACCGAUCCUCGAUCGAAUUCCUCGUGAUACCUUCUCGAUGCCUCGAUCCAAUGCAGCUAGCUCGAGCUUGUAAUGUGUGAAUUAGACGCAUUAUUAUCGGAUAGUAGUGUUAGCUUUACAAAAGAACGUUUCUUAUCUUUUCUUUUUCUACGUAUAAGUUAACUGUAAGUUUGUAAUUUCCAUUUUCUAUUUCUAUUUCUAUUUAUACUUCUAUUUUGUCAGCGGUAGUGACUGACAUUUUUAUCGAUUGCUCCUUUGUGUGCUCCCUGAUCCUGUCCCUUCCUAGGCUACGAUGCUGAAGAAGACUAAGGGUAAAAUGAAGCGGCGUAACACGGAAUCUAGCAUGCAAUUGGCGCUUCAAGCUGCACCAUCGAGCGAUCCGGACGAAGACCUCUUCUGAGUGAACAAACAUUAUGUGAAAGUGAUCGAACAUGUUGCGGUAACGCAAGACACGUAGCCACAUAGAGAAACUUGAUCGACUAGCGUAUGUAACAAAACAAAAAUCGGCCUCGAAUUAUUCCGACAGCGUUUGCGCUGUACGAACUUAAUAUAAAUACAACGCGAAAAACACAAAAUAACACUCAUGAAAGCAAGAGGGACGGGUAGAUAAGGAUUUCAAAUACACACAUAUAUACAGCAUAAAUUAUCGACUCAAUGAUUGUUAAUGUUUAUUCUUACAUUAAUAGAAAAUGAAAAUAGAUUUCAUUUUUAAAUGUUAAUAAUUCUAGUACUAUAUGCGUAGCUUUUAUCGAUCAAUAUUUUUUAGUAAAAUUAUAAUAGACUUUAACACACACGGUAACACAUUAUUACACAUACACGUACACGCACAUAUUAACCAGUAUCGGAAGAAUUAACACGCUUUAUGCGUACUUACGACGAUGUUGAUUUCCAUUUACGUCCCAAGCUUGGUAGUCCAGAAAAAAAGGAGGUCGUAAUGUAUAUUACGUUUCGUAUGGUAUUUUACCGAUCUAUACAGUAUUACGAUACGAAACGUGUAUCACACGAUGUAAAACGCAAACAGGUCAGUUGUUAAUAAUAUAUAUAUAUAUAGAGAAUAUUUAUGAUUAAAUAUUAAUAUAUUUACAUAAUAUUGUAUUAGUAUUACGAUAUUAAGUUGUGAUAAUUGUUAUGUAUGUCUGACUGCUGGGCAGUCUGGAAUUCGCUGAGAACCAGUGGCAGUCAGUUUUUUCUAGGAUACGGUUAAGAAGAAGGAUUAAAAAAAAACAAACAGAUUAAUGUAACUUUCGUAACGAUAAGACCGCAUUGCGAACGAAGUGCUUUGCCGAUCCGUCUCAAUGACGAGAAAAAUGUAGCGGAUAAAAGAUGCGAUAUGUAACAUAUAUGUCAAAGAAUCGGAUUGGCAAUGUACUGACCACAUCACCUGCUCUGACAGGCUCCUAUAACGACGGAAGCGGUAUCAUACACAUUCCAUUGUAACAUGAAGGGCGAAGGACUUGGACGCAAAAAAGAUAUGUAUAUUUAUAAAACUAUGCCAAAAGAGAAGAGGAAGAGGAUCUUGUAAUAUGCUAAUGCACUUAAACAUCAUCGGCAUGCGUCGUUCGCAAUUGAAGCGUUCGUGAUGGGCAACGAUUGGGGACAGGAUCAUGCGAAUCGAAGGCAAUAUUGUUUCACGAGCUUCCAAGGUUUCGAUCCUUGGUGCACUGAUACGAAUCAUCGAGUGCUAUCAUUGAUCACCGAGCGUUCGCUGACAAGUACCGUUUACCUAAUGUCACUCUUGGAUACACGGGCGUACGUUCACAUUGGAUCUUCGCUGGCAUACGAUUUGGAGGAGAAAAAAAAGAAACGAAAGGAAAAGACGCGACAACUUCGGUGCCAAACAAUUGUAUAUAAUAUUAUAAAUGUAGGGACUACAUAUAAGAUUAUUCGCCAGUUAAUCGCGAUGGCAUUUAAUGCGACGGACGUGAGAGAAAGUAAUGCGCCGAGUACUUUCUUAACAUUAAAAGUAUUCUUUGGGAAAGGGGAGGGGGGAAACUCUUUUGAAUUACGUACACAUUGCGUUGUUUCGUGUAAACGUUUAACAAAACAGAAAAAAAAAA